GUCAGUACAAUGUGUCAUUUGGUUAAUAUGAAUGUUAAAUUUUUGGUAACUGUUUUUACAUUACAAUGGCCAUUUUUGGGAACGUCUUGCCAAAAUUUAUGUGUAAAUCGUUAAAUCUGCAGCAAACGUUGUUACCUGUCAGUAGAUUUAUUUCAUUGUUCAGAAAAAAAUCGAAGGAAGAGUCCCAUUACUUAAUUCAUCGGCCCCAGCCAGACGAGUACUGCGAAAUACUGCGGCUGUUAUGGGAGUGCUACUAUCCAGAAGAACCGACAACACUUUCUUUAGGUUUGGGUCAUUGUCACAAUCCAGUAAUGGACGAAGAUUCUUUAAGAGGACUUUCCGAAGGCCUGUCUUUAGUGGCACGAUGUAAAUAUACUGGAGACAUAGUGGCAGGUUCAGUAAAUAGAACUGCUUGUCCCUGGGAUGCGGAAGAGAUGGAAAGGUUCUCGUGUUCUCUCACUUGCCCUAAAUUGAAGUCAUACACCAAGUUUAACGCCCAUUUACUGAAAGCGCCUAUGCUAUGGGAAAGAUUUUGUACAGAUAAAAUAUUUGAGAUAUCUCAAGUGUUUGUUAAGAAGGAAGAAAGGCAAAAAGGCUUAGGAUUCAAAUUGAUAAAGUCUUCAAAAGAGUUGGGUGCAGACUGUGGUUUUAGGGUGAUAAGGUUGGACGCAACAAGCCACUACUCGGCAAAAAUUUGCGAGAAAUUAGACAUGCGAUUGAUUUACACGAUUAACUAUGACGAUUAUGUUGACAUUUACGGUAAUCCGGUUAUAAAGCCGCCACCUCCGCAUUGUGCUUGCAAAGUUUACAUCGACCUACCGCAUUCCAUGGAACAGAGGAAGAAAAAGAAAAAGAAGCGAAAAUAAGAAUUUGUCACGUUUGUCUACUCUGUUUUGUCUUGGUUAUGGAAUAAA